AUGUUCGAAAUGUAAGAAGAAUUAAGCAAUGGAGAUAUUGCUUAAGUCCAAGAUUCGAAUCAGCUUAGACUUUCCAAAAGGCAAUCAUUCAAAUCAGAUACAAUUCUGUAGUGGAAUGCGUUGUAGGAGAAUCUAUAAUUGCAAUAUAAUUUGUUAAAUAAGGAAAAUGAAACCAAGAAUGAGCGCAUAUAGAUUCUACUGAAUACGACAGAGAAGUAUUACCAGACUUAACUUCGAUAUAAAGACUUACGUAGAAUGUACAAUCAACAAUAAGCAAAUAAUUAUAAUCAAAAACAAUGUAUACUGGGAUUCAAAUUUGAUAAUUAUCAUUCUGAAAUCCAAAAAUUCUUAUUUUUGUUAAUGGAAAAUCAAGAGUUAUUUGCACAAUUAAUCCAUUCAUCUUUGGAUGUUGGUGUUCAUAAUUUAGAUGAGUUUAUAUUUGAUAUUCUUACUUUCCUCUAUGACCCUAUUGUAGGAGCUGGUCUCUAAGAAGGAGUUUUUAAAUUAUUAAGCGAACUCUUAAAAUUGGAAUUGAUAGAUCUGAAGAAUCCAUUAGAACUGUUUCAGGAUAAAAAUAAUCUGGUUUGCAAAUUUCUCAUUGGAUUCAGCAAAGGACCAUUAUGUCAAUCAUAUAUACAAUAAAUCUGUGGAUAAGCAUUAAACUUAUUAAUGAAUGUGAAAGAAGAAUUGCAAUUGAAUCCAAAGAUAAUUUACGAAUCUCAGUUAAAAUUGAAAGAAAGCAAAGAAUCUGCAAAACUUUUGAAAUUAAAGCAAGAGAACAAAGCAAGAAAAAUAAUGUUUAAUAUUAUACCAAUGUUAAUGUAAGGAACUGAAGAAAACAAGGAUAUCAAUGUAUAUGAGAAUGUUAGAAGAACAAAUAUACCUGAAUAUAUACUGAAUGCCAUUAUGGAAUAAAUCUCUCCAGCCAUUUAAUCUUAUUGUCAAACUCCUUUAUAGAGAAUAAUGGACCCAUAAUUGUUAGAAGAAACCGCUAAAAUUCUAUAUGAUAGACAUAAAGUGACAGAGAUGAUCAUUAACUCUAUUUGUGACAACAUUUUAAACAGUUUACACAAUUUACCUUUUAUGAUAAGAGCUUUAUGCAGAUUACAAUAUCAAAUCUUUAAAGUCCUAUAUUAAUCAUAUAAAUAAGAAGAAAUAUUUAACUUGUUGAUCUAAUUUUUCAUUAACAAAUGGAUAUUACCUGAGUUCACAGCUAUGUUUUUAAAUUAACAAUAAUUAGAAUCAUCUUAAUAUUAGACCAGCAAUAUUGCAGCUAUAAGCAAAAUUUUAUUGUCUGUUUGGAAAGGAGAAGCCAUUGAAGGCCUCAAUAUUUCUUUAAACAAUGAAAAUGUAUUUAAUUAUUUCAAAGAAUUAAUUGAACUACCUCCAACUUAGUUGAAUUUUUAUAUCAAAGAAAAAUCUGAAAAACAUUUCAUUUCCUAUUUACUUUCUAUAUCGGAUUUAUAAAUAUUGUUAAAUACUAUAUCAAAAUCGAGAAUAGAAGGUUCUUUGGGAGGCAAACAAUUAACCAGAUAUACAGAUUUAAGAGAAUUAGCUGAUUGUAUAAUGAGGUAUAAUUAAAAAAUGGGAAGUGAUUUUAUGAGUAAUCAUGUGCAAUGGAAAGGAUAGAAAGUCCAGGCAAAUAAUAUGCAUUUUUCAGUACAUAGACUAUCUGAUCUUUAUAAUGUUAAUUAUAUAGACAUAGCUUUUAAAUUUACAGAGAAGUUCAGUGCAUAGGAUAAGGAAGAGUUGUUGUUUAUUUCCAAGGCAAAGUAGGUAGUGGCAUAAUUCUUAAUUUCUAUUGAGCGUAUAUCCCUUCUGUCUAAAUUGAGAAAUAAUAUCAUCCUAAGCUUCGACAACCUAAUAUACAUGUAUAAAGAUUCAUAUGAAAAUAAGGGCCAAAUAAUCAAGCAAUAUGAGAACAUUUCACCUUAGUUAUACGCAAAUUAUUUGCUUUCAAUUUAUAAAAUGAUUCCAAAUCAAUAUACAAGCAAUAAUCUGUCGCUUUUAUGUCAGGAAAUGAUAUAAGAAUUCGAUUAGAAAGUUACUAAUGCUAAAAAUCAAUAAAAGGCAAUGUUAGAAGCUUUCUUGAAAAUUAUCACAUAACUUCAAACAGAGAGAAGAGAGAUUAAAGCCUUGAACAAAUAGCUAAAAACCAUUGAAUUAAAAAAAAAAUUGAAUUAUUUUUUAAAGAAUGUCAAAAUACCAUGUUUAUUGAGUUUCAGAUAUGGAUAAAUCAAUUUGAUUUCAAUUUAAGACACAUCAAAAACAAAAUCAUUAGAUCCAAAAGAUAAUGAAAAAUAAUAAUUCUUAUAGAUUGUGAAUGGAGCAGAUUUGAAUUCAUUAUAAUUGGAAUUGCCAUUUUAGAGUAUAAGAGACUUUAUAGAUAUAUUGAGUGGACUGAAGCAUUUGCAACUUGCUUUAGAAGGAGAUUAAGUUUUUAUAGAGAUUGUUUAGAAACUAUUUUAAAGUUAUAUGAAAUUAGUAGAAGAAAGGUUAGAACAGUAGUCAUUUUUCCCAUAAAAUUAGAAUGUGAAAAAGAAUAAUUAAUAUAUUGAUCUAUGUUAUGAGACAGCAGAGAAGUCUGUUGUUCGUAGAAUCAUGAUGAAAUAUUGUACAGUUAAUGAGAUAAAGGAAGAUUAGCCAUUUAUUGAAUAAUGUCAAAAGAAAUUAAUACAUCUCGAAGAAUAAUAAGAGGUGAAAAUUUGUUUAUCAGAACUACCUAUGUUAAUAAAAAUGAGCGAAUCUUUCAGAUAGAUUGAUUAAGUGAUAACUCCUAUUGAGAAACUACAAAUGAUUUCUAAUUGUUUAAGUAACUUAUCCUUAUUAUUGAAAAUAUCUGGAAUUGAUGAUAAUCCUGGCUAAGAUGGAACUCUGCCAGUUUUUAUUUAUUUAGUUGCUUAAGCAUGUCCUAAAUUUAUGAAAACCAAUUUGAAUAUCAUUCAAUCUUUAUUCAAUUUUGAUCGUUGGAAGAACUCCACUUAUCCAUUUUCAUCAACUUAAUUAUAAGGAGCAUACGAAAAUAUUAUGAGUUGA